AUUCCUCAGGACACAGAGCUUCCUCUCUCCCAGGAGCCAUGAACCUCCUGAUGCUGACCUUUGUUAUCUGUGCGCUGCUAACUCAGGUGACCAAAGGUAGCUUUGCACCCCAAAAAUGUUGGAAGAAUGAUAUAGGAUAUUGCAGAAGACGAUGUUUAGAUACUGAAAGGUACAUACUUCUUUGUAGGAACAAGCUAUCAUGCUGCAUUUCCAUAAUAAUAUCACAUGAAUACACUCGACAACCAGCAUUUCCUGCGAUUCAGCUAGAGGAUAUAACAUUUGAUUAUAAUUAUGUGGACUUUUUUACUGGUUCCCCAGUGUCUGGGUUGAAUGAUCUGGUAACAUUUGGAACAACUAAUUCUGGAGAAACCACGACGCUCGAGACCGAUACUUUUGAGACUACUGUGCCACCACCCAAGGCCACUACUUCCAAGACUACUGUGCCAUCAUCUCCUUAGACAGCUCUUACUAAUAAUGAAUUAACAUUUAACUUCUAGUAUGGAGAAUUAGAAACACUGCUGGAAAUAAUAUCCAAAGAGUUUAUUCUACCAAUCCAAUGUUACCAGGAAAAUUCCAUCAGGGAUUGGAUGACAAUUAGGAUGGACCUGAUUGCUACUGCCAAAACAACAGCCAAGAUAGUUGCCUUACAACUAGAAAUGUGUAGACAGAAAUGUAUAGAAGAUACAAGGAUUCUUUUAAUUGGACUUAAGUUCUUCAUCUGUCUUCCUCUGAUGUCCUAAAAUAUGUAAGCUAAAUUUUAUCUCAACUGAACAUUUGUGUGUCUAUGUAUUUUUCCAUGCCAAAAGACAAAAACAAACGCCAUUGUUUGGAGCUGCCUAUUAUGACUAAGACAAGAAUUUUUACUUUAACAGUGCCUGGUCCACUGCUAUCAUAUCUAGGAGAACAUAAAAAGGCAUAUAGAAAGAGUUCCAGACAAAUGUUCCCUUCUCUACCCUCCACCUUUUAUUGCAAGUUCUGACCCUAAGUACUUCUCUGUGUCAUGACAUCAAAUUUUGUUUAAGGUUCUAGCUGGUAACUAAGAGUUAGAGUUAGAAGCUAAUUCUUUCAUUUAGCGCAAACACCGAUCUAACUGGAUAGAGAUAAAGGUGGGACGUGCCUUGAGAACACAUCAUAUUAAAUGAAAAGGUGCAUCUCAAAUUCUAUUUACUUUUCCAAUGUUCUUUCCACUUAGAGCCCAUCUUCCAACUAUGUCAGCCUCAUAAAAUGUCUCUUCAGGUCCCCUUUCUGUCGGUGAAUGCUAAUUGUGUGCAGUGUUUCUCUGCUUUGUAUGGUGUAGGCAUGUGAGUGCUUUUUGUAUGGCAACAGAUGGGUCAGCAAGUGUCUUCUAUGACAGUACAGAGAAGCAGUUAUUGACUAUAAAGUUGAUUGGUUUUUUUAACUUUAAGUUCUGGGAUACAAGUGCAGAACAUGUAGGUUUGUUACAUAGGUAUACAUGUGCCAUGGUGGUUUGCUGCACCUGUCAGCCCAAAUAAUCUAGGUUUUUAAGUCCCACAUACAUUAGCUAUUUGUCUUAAUGCUCUCCCUCCCCUUCCCCCCAACACCCUGACUGGCCCCAGUGCGUGUUGUUCCCCUCCCUGUGUCCAUGUGUUCUCAUUGUUCAGCUCCCACUUAUGAGUGAGAACACGUGGUGUUUGGUUUUCUGUUCCUAUGUCAGUUUGCAGAAGAUGAUGGCUCCAAGCUUCAUCCAUGUCCCUGCAAAGGACAUGAUCUCAUUCUUUAUGGCUGCAUAGUAUUCCAUGGUUAUAUGUAUCACAUUUUCUUUGUCCAGUCUAUCAUUGAUGUGCAUUUGGGUCGGUUCCAUGUUUUUGCUAUUGUAAAUAGUGCUGCAGUAAACAUACAGGUGCAUGUGUCUUUAUAAUAGGAUGACUUAUAAUCCUUUGGGCAUAUACUCAGUAAUGGAAUUGCUAGGUCAAAUGAUAUUUCUGGUUCUAGAUCCUUGAGGCAUCACCACACUGUCUUCCACAAUGGUUGAACUAAUUUACAUUCCCAUGAACAGUUUGAAAGCAUUCUUAUUUCUCCACAGCCUUGCCAGCAUCUAUCGUUUCUUGACUUUUUAAUAAUCACCAUUCUGACUGGCAUGAGAUAGUAUCUCAUUGUGGUUCCGAUUUGCAUUUCUCUAAUUAUCAGGGAUGUUGAGCUUUUUUCAUGUUUGUUAACUGCACAGAUGUCUUCUUUUGAGAAGUGUAUGUUCAUAUCCUUUGCCCACUUAUUGAAGGAGGUGUUUGUUCUUCUUGUAUAUUUGUUUAAUAUAUUUCUUGUAUAUUUGUAUAUUUCCUUAUAGAUUCUGGAUAUUAGACCUUUGUUAGCUGGGUAGAUUGUAAAAAUUUCCUCCCAUUCUGUAGGUUGUGUGUUCACUCUGAUGAUAGUUUCUUUUGCUGUGCAGAAGCUCUUUCAUUUUGUUAGAUCCCAUUUGUCAAUUUUGGCUUUUGUUGCGAUUGCUUUUGGCAUUUUCAUCAUGAAGUCUUUGCCCACGCCUAUGUCCUGAAUGGUAGUGUCUAGGUUUUCUUCUAGGGUUUUUAUGGUUUUGGGUUUUACAUUUAAGUCUUUAAUCUAUCUUGAGUUAACUUUUGUAUAAGGUAUAAAGAAGGAAUCCAGUUUCAGUUUUCUAUAUAUGGCUAGCCAGUUUUCUCAGCACUAUUUAUUAAAUAUAGAUUGAAUUCACACAUAACACUAUUAUCCUUAAACAUAAAUGGGCUAAAUGCCCCCAGUUAAAAGACAUAGAUUGGCAAAUUGGAUAGAGUCAAGACCCAUCAGCAUGCUGUAUUCAGGAUACCCACUGCAUGUGCAAAGGCACAAAUAGGCUCAAAAUUAAGGGAUGGAGGAAAAUUUACCAAGCAGAUGGAAAGCACAAAAUAGCAGGUGUUGCAGUCCCAGUCUCUGACAAAACAGACUUUAAACCAACAAACAUCAAAAAAGACAAAGAAGGUUAUUAAAUAAUGGUAAAGUGAUCAAUUCAACAAGAAGAGCUAACUAUCCUAAAUAUAUAUGCACCCAAUACAGGAGCACCUAGAUUCAUAAAACAAGUUCUUAGAGACCUACAAAGAGACUUAGACUCCAGCAAAAUAAUCGUGGGAGACUUUAACACCCACUGUCAAUAUUAGACAGAUCAACGAGAUAGAAAAUUAACAAGGAUAUUCAGGACGUGAACUCAAAUCCGACCAGGCAGAUCUAAUAGACAUCUACAGAACUCUCCACCCCAAAUCCACAGAAUAUACAUUCUUCUCAGCACCACAUCUCGCUUAUUCUAAAAUUGACCACAUAAUUGGAAGUAAAGCACUCCUUAGCAAAUGCAAAAGAACGGAAAUCCCAACAGUCUCUCAGACCACGGUGCAAUCAAAUUAGAACUCAGAAUUCAGAAACUAACUCAGAACCGCACAGCUUCAUGGAAACUGAACAACUGGCUCUUGAAUGUUGACUCGAUAAACAAUGAAAUGAAGGCAGAAAUAAAGAUGUUCUUC